GCGAAACAUAUUGUGUUUGUCCGUUCUUUGUAAGUGUAAAAGCGGAUAUAAAUAUCCCAUGUAUCUAUCCGAUGCGUACACAGACUGACGUACAUGCAUUUUCCUGUUUGCUCAACACUUCUUAUAUAUCUGUUAUAGGAACGGGGCAUAAUUUAAUAUUUUACAAACUCCUAAUGGAUAUUGCUCCUCCACCACCAAUAGAACGAUACCGGCAUUUCAGGGACCCAGAAUUACGAAAAAGAAGUUUUGGAAAAUGGCAGAAAUACACCGAGCCAUUUAUAAAGGCACUUGUUGACGAUGGCUUCUUUAGUAUAGAUGAAGAGAAACGGAAAGUGCAGUGUGUUAACUGUGGUGGAGUUCUUUGUGGCGUUGAAGAAGGACAAAAUAUCCACAUCACACACUAUCGUCAUUUUCCUAAAUGUGACAGGUUUAAGUACAGAGAACCUGACUUUUUAAGUCUGUUCAAAAAUCCUCUGGUUAUCAGUGACGCGACAGUGGCGGACGGUGUGUUAGGAACCAUUGAUGUGGCGCCGUAUAUCACAGGGAACCACGGAGUUAGCGAGGGGUGCUAUUUAGAUGGUAGGGUGGAGGACACGUCAAAUCCUGUUAACGUGCUAGGGGACACGAAAUACCCGAAACACAUCUAUUAUUCCAUUUACAUAGACAGACUGAGAACCUUCAGUAAUUGGCCAGCUCAUUUUAAACAGACACCGGAUGACCUUGCUAGAGCUGGAUUCUUUUAUGCAGGUGUUGAUGACUUGUGUGAAUGUUACUGCUGUGGUGGUCAGCUGGAUGGCUGGGAAGAUGAUGAUGACCCUCAGCAAGAACAUAACAGGUGGUUUUCUGACACAUGUCCAUUAUACCAAGCAAGACAGAGGCGACCAUCAGCUCAGGUCGGGUGACAAAUGAAACCAAUGUGGUGCGAAGUAACUAUAUCGUAGACUUCAGUUCCUUGUCGCUAAGGUUAUGGAGGCACUGUUAUACUCCGAGGGAAAACAGGGGUCGGUAAAUUGCAGACAGUUUGCCAUUUGAGAUGUAGCUCUUGUAGUGUCAAAUUCAAAUAUGAAAGACACUGCCUUGAUAUAUAUCAAUAUAUCUUGUUGAGUGUACUGUUGCCUAACCAAGUGAGAUGACGUUAUUAUAAAACGGGAGAGACUCUGCCCUGUAAGGCUAACGUUGUGUCGGUAUCCACUUCAAUUGAAGAUAGAUCACAGAUUAUUUGAAGCAGUGGAAUAUGCAGUAUUAUAGGGUUACGUUAUGUGGCUUGUACAAACAAUAAAUACCCUCUUAAACUCG